AUGGACUCGGGCUCUUCCGAGACCGAUUGGAAUUCUAACCCUGAAUUCUUCAAAUUCACGCGUGGUCGCUUUAUUGUGGAUGAGGCAGAGAAUCUCCGAAAGCGAGAGAUCAAAUUCGACCUUAACAGGCUCGCAAGAGUCGCCGCAGACUCAGUCGGAGCCGCUCGAUGCAUUGCCAUCAAGAAGUAUCCCGACGGCAUGUUCAACAAAGCCUUCCUUAUGUCUAUGGAUGAUGGACGAGAAGUAAUAGCGAAGGUGCCAAACCCGAAUGCCGGCGUCCCGCACUAUACCACUGCCAGCGAAGUGGCCACGAUGGACUUUGCCAGAAAAAUUCUUGACACACCGGCGCCUCGCGUAUACGCGUGGAACUCGCAAGCAAAAACGCAUCCCGUGGGGGCUGAAUUUAUCAUCAUGGAUAAAGCCGAAGGUGUUCCGCUGUCCCAAGUAUGGAGCACGAUGAAAUUACCCCAGAAGCUCCAAGUCCUCCUUGCCGUGACACGCCUCCAGAAGCAAUGGCUAAGCGUUUCUUUCUCCCAUUACGGGAGCUUGUAUUACACGGGAGACGCGCAGCCACCAGCAGGUAAUCACUAUAUCAAGGAUGGCAAGGUCGUCAGUGAUUCAGAGUUUGUGAUUGGUCCGGCUACAGGCCGGGACUGGUGUGAUGCAGGCCGAUCGAUUCUGGACGUCGAUAAGGGACCAUGGGCAUCUUUAACGCAGUAUCUGCAGGCAGUUGGCAUGCGAGAGACGAAGGCUAUUCAGUGUUUAAAGCCCCCCAAACAGAUUGCCUUGUUCUGUGGCCCAAAGCUCUACCAACCAGACACAGGAAAGAAAAGUACUGCUUUAGCCUGCUACCGACAAGUCGUCGAUGCCCUUAUUCCCAAGGAUACAGCCAUCACCAGACCCUGCCUCUGGCACGAUGAUUUGCAUGAUGACAACGUCUUCGUAGACCCGCAUAAUCCCGAAAAAAUUACGGGUAUCAUCGACUGGCAGUCAUGUCAUAUCUCACCCCUCUUUAACCACAAUAUCGAUCCUGCUUUCCUUGACUGGGAUGGCCUUGAACCGGAGACACUUGAUCUUGCACCACGGCCUACUCUCUCCGGGCUUUCACCAGAAGAACGCUCCACGGCCGUACAUGAAUAUACGACCCAAAACGUGUUGAUUGGUUGGCGGAAACUAAUGCAAGCCAAAACCCCAGAUUUAUAUCGAGCAGUCGAGUUUCGAAAGACAGCAGCCUUCGGGCUGAUAUUUCUUGCCCACCGAAUGUUUGAAUACGGCGAGGCACACUUCCAAUCGCUUUUGGCCGAUCUGAAGGGCACGUGGGCGGACUUACCUGCCGUCACGAGCGAUAUCCCAUUCCCGUUUAACUUUUCGGAAGCAGACUACGAGCGUAUUCAAGUGGAUAGCGAUGGCGCAGUGGCAGGAACCGAGCUUGUUGCAGAGGCCAAGGAGAGACUGGGCGAUUUGUGGCCUGACAAGGGCUUUAUCGAGCGCGAGCGGUACCGUGAUUGCAAAACUGCUCUUGACGGAGUAAAGGGUCUGAUAUUGGAGCAAUUAGCUGAGACUGACGAGGAAAGGGCUGAGUACGAGCGUUGUUGGCCAUUUGAUUAA